GCGUAAUCUACACUGGAACAUUUUCUGUUUAUCCGCUGUUAUACUUCUCUCUCUCUCUAUAUCCCAAAAGACGACACAAGUACAAAACAAAUCUGCAAAUCUUCUUCUUCUGUCUUAAUGAAUUUCAAGACUACCGAUUCGUAGCCGUUAACAAUUUGACGGCUCAAUUCUCCAGAAGAAAAAAAAAUGAUCUUUUUGAUUUUUGACGAGAUUAAGAGAUCUUGUUAACACUUCAAAGCAUACCCAACUCGGGAAGCUAUGGUGGCUAUUCGUUUCGCGGCGGCGAUUCUCAUUUAUUGUUUAUUACCGGCGGCGGUUUUGUCUUACGGUUUCCCGGCGGCGCUGAAACUUGAAAGAGGGAUUCCGGCGAAUCACGAGAUGGAACUUAGUCAGCUCAAGGCUCGUGAUAAAGCUAGACACGGCAGAUUGUUACAGUCUUUAGGCGGAGUCAUAGAUUUUCCCGUCGAUGGAACUUUUGAUCCUUUCGUUGUUGGAUUAUACUACACGAAAAUACGAUUAGGAUCUCCUCCAAGAGAUUUUUAUGUACAGGUUGAUACAGGAAGUGAUGUUUUGUGGGUUAGUUGUGCUUCUUGUAAUGGCUGUCCUCAAACCAGUGGACUCCAGAUUCAGUUGAAUUUCUUUGAUCCAGGGAGCUCUGUAACGGCAACACCGGUCUCAUGUUCUGAUCAAAGAUGCAGUUGGGGUAUUCAGUCUUCUGAUUCUGGCUGUUCUGUUCAGAACAACCUUUGUGCUUACACGUUUCAGUAUGGGGAUGGAAGUGGCACCUCAGGGUUUUACGUCUCGGAUGUCUUGCAAUUUGACAUGAUUGUUGGAAGCUCUUUGGUCCCAAACUCAACGGCUCCGGUUGUGUUUGGUUGCAGCACCUCCCAGACGGGAGAUUUAGUGAAGUCUGAUAGAGCGGUUGAUGGAAUCUUCGGGUUUGGGCAGCAAGGAAUGUCUGUGAUAUCUCAGCUUGCUUCACAGGGAUUAGCUCCAAGAGUGUUCUCUCACUGCUUGAAAGGAGAGAAUGGAGGCGGAGGCAUACUGGUUCUUGGAGAGAUUGUGGAGCCAAACAUGGUCUUUACUCCUCUUGUCCCCUCGCAGCCUCAUUACAAUGUGAAUCUUCUGAGCAUCUCAGUGAAUGGCCAAGCUUUACCUAUCAAUCCAUCGGUCUUCUCUACAUCAAACGGUCAGGGAACAAUCAUUGACACUGGUACAACAUUGGCAUACCUUUCUGAAGCAGCCUAUGUUCCUUUCGUUGAAGCUAUUACAAAUGCUGUUUCGCAGUCUGUCAGACCUGUUGUUUCGAAAGGGAACCAAUGUUACGUAAUAGCCACAAGUGUCGCAGACAUAUUUCCUCCAGUUAGCUUGAACUUUGCUGGUGGAGCAUCCAUGUUCUUGAAUCCUCAGGAUUACCUAAUACAGCAGAACAAUGUCGGAGGUACUGCAGUGUGGUGCAUCGGUUUUCAAAGAAUACAGAAUCAAGGGAUAACAAUCCUUGGAGAUUUGGUUCUUAAAGACAAGAUCUUUGUCUAUGAUCUGGUCGGUCAGAGAAUCGGAUGGGCAAACUACGACUGUUCAAUGUCGGUAAAUGUCUCAGCGACUAGCAGCAGCGGAAGAAGCGAAUAUGUGAACGCAGGACAGUUUAAUGACAAUUCUGCUGCACCGCAGAAGUUAUCUUUGGACAUUGUUGGAAACACUCUAAUGUUGUCACUAAUGGUAAUCAACAUGUUUUUAUAGCACGUACAGCUUUCGCAACUUUGCCUAAAAUUGUAGUUUCUUCUAUACCCUUUUUGAUGUGGUCGUCGGCGUGUUAUUUGUGGUCACCGGAGAGUAAGUUUCUCCCAACCGGCGAAGCCCAGCAGAAGAAAAGUUAACGUUUGUUGUUUGUUUUUUUUUUUACCAUUUCAUUGUUAUAGUUUUGGAUGUACUGUACAUAAUUCCUUUUAUACAUAGUGGUGUCUGUUGUGUGUGUAUCAUCAUUCUUGUGAUCAAGGUUUUUUUUUCUCACUA